AUGGAGACGGUGAUGAUUGUGAAGUAUUGGAUAUUCCAAGAGGCAAGUCUAACACGUGCCUUCCACUCCCGGAGGAUGUCGAAUAUUGGGCUAAAUUCCUUACUCUUCACUAAAUGCAUGGCUUCUAGGACAAUCAUAAGGAAGCUUCGACAGGAGAGACACACUAAACAUAACCAUCACCGCCAUGCUGGAAAAGAAAUUGAUGAUAGGGAAGAUGAGAAUCAAAUUGAUGAUGAGGAUGAUGAGUUUGGUGAUAACAACGAUAAUGGAUUUGAGACUUCAUGUGAGGAUGGUGAGAAUGCAGUGGAUGAUGACAAUGAGGAGGAAAAAGAGGAGGAUGAGGAGGACGACGAAAACGAGGAGGACGAAACCAAGAAAGUGAGGAGGAGGACGUAA